CGGGGACUUCGAGCCAGAAGGCGAUCCAACCGCCGGAGAUUCAUCGACCGGUGAGGCCGACUUUUUGGCCGUGGGUGUCGUUGAGGACGUGGCCGGAGCCCCAUUGAGCGCGCUGCCCGUCAAGGGGAUCGCCGUCAAAGAGUUCGUGCCCGUGCAUCUCGCAGGAAGCGCAGGAGCAUCAGUGAAGCCCAUCGGUGCGCAGAACUCGCUUGCCAAAGUGAAGAAGGCCUGUUACUUUGAGCACAAUGUGCCCGAUGUACUCGGCGUGCGAGCGGCGGUUCGGAGCAGCUCGCCGGAGCUCCGCCGGAGCCCGCGAGAAGACAACGACCGUUCCAGCUCUGUGCACACCCGCUACAUGCAGUUCACCAGCGACGGCAGCCUCCUCACGGAGUCCAGCGCUUUUCGGGAGCAGCGUUCCCUUCAGCGCCUGGCGGCGCACAGCCCGUGUGGUCCUGGUCGAACCGUGCUGCGACGCACCAAGCUUCGCGCUCAGCGGUCGGCCAUGUCCGAGCUGUGGAAGAAGCCCCGGCGCCAGCGGAGCCUCCUGGGCGGCGCGGGCGUGGAUGCCCACGCGCGCUCCGAGCCGCCGCCGCACUGCACGCUGCUGCCCGAAGGCGACGACGAGCUCGCGUCGCCAAACGACGCGAUGUUCGGGGCUCGGCGGAGCCGCUUCCUCCGCGAGGACUUCCAGCCUUGCACCUCGUUUGUCGGCAUCUCCUCGUCCACCGUCGACCACUACUGCUGCAGGGAUCGCGCUUCAAGCAGCUGCCUGCCCGGAGGCACCGCCUCGCUUCGGCGCCUAGAGGGGCCGCCCGCGUCGUCGGAGAGCCGCGUCCGGUGUCAGCUGGACCGCCUGCGGCCCAGCGCAUGUCGCCAGCAGAAGCGGCGCCGCGUGCGAGUCAGCUCGUCGUCGCGCACCGACGACUACGAGGACGACCUGCUUCUCGCCAGGCUCGAGGAUCACGCCGCGUGCGCCAAGUUGUCCCUCUCCGAGCUCAGGUGUCCCGCGGGAAAGCUGCGGACCAGCGACAUGUUUGUCGGCGGAGGCCGGCGCUGUCGUUCCACGGACGUGGUGGAAGUGGCGCGCAACGUGGUCAUCUGGGUGCUGGUGCUGAGCGGCACGGCGACCAUCAUGUUCGGCGCGGUGGGCAUCAUCGUGCUGCGCACGGGCUCAGUCAUGCUCCUCAGCUCGGCCGUCGGCUCGGCGCUCACCACGGUGGGCGUCCUGAUGGCCAUCUACUGCACGGACGCCUCCUCGGACCGGGGGCUGCAGCGAAUGAUCAACCACAAGUACAACUACACAUGAGCCCGCGUGGGCCCGCCAGACUUUCUCGCGCGGAAGAGCGCGGUUUUUACGCGCUUCACGUGAAUGCUGCAGCCAGAACGGACGUAAUGCGAAACUCGAGGGACUUCGUCGCCGUAUGUGCGACGUUCCCCGAAAUGCGGUAGAAAAAAAUUUCUCACGAUGCCGAUGUUGCAUACACACCAUUUAAACCCACGGCAAUGGGACGGCAGAGAUGUGACGGUGGCAAAAGAUUCGAACCGAAGCUCUAAACAGCGAAAUUGCGUGUACACAUGUGCAAAUAAUAUUAUGCUAAGAAACUAUAUAGGCAGUAAUAAAUGGCUAUAAAUAUGCAUUCGCUUAAUUAUGAAUGCACCCUCGCAGCCACAAGGCAGGCAGUCGGCUGCAAAAACGAGAUUUGCGAAAAAGAUGAAUUCCGACGACGCCUGUGCACAUAGUUUCAAAUUCAAAGUUUUGAUCUGUAGUAGUUUUUACGACCUAUUAUACGGGGGUCACACGAUACACUUUCGAUCGCGAGAGAGCAUGAAUGGAAUCGAAUUCCUUGAUCGCGAUUUGUUCCUUCGCAAUCUGUAGAAGCGAGCCAAUCAUGGUAGAGAAAUUCGAUCCCAAUUGAGCUCGAUCGCGAUCGAAAGUACACCAUGUGACACCUGUGAUAAAUUAUUAGCGCAACGACCUAACUAUAGCAACAUUUGUUAUAGAAACCAUGUCCCUUAAACUUUUGCGUAUUUCUGUAAACACUCACGCGAUGGCAAAAUGCACUGCUUCUUCAAUAUGCAGCGUCUUGCGACAAGAGACCACCAAAGAUGUCAGGAGGGCAGCAGCGACUUAGAGCUGCACAAUCGGGCACGUACUCCCACUUUCCUCCUGAAACGUGAGUUAAAAACAAAACUCAGAGCUCAGUAUAGAACACGCACCACCUGUUACGGUGACUUUAGCGUAGGACUCUUUUUUUUUUUUUUUUUCUCGUAAGGUCGCGUCAUUUCUAUGUUUUUCUCUUUGCAUAUUUCACACAGGUCACCAAUGUUUGUUCGGUUCGUUUUGAGGGCAGCGCUCUCGGUGGUUCACGCGCUUGCGAUCUAGAACACCAGCUGCGUAGCGCGGGUAUGACGGCGAGGAUCUUGUCGGCUAGAGCGCCUAUAUAGCGGUGCGCGUCAUCUCUGCAAUAAAUCUGCAAGAAAACGCCUGCUCCAUUACGAGACCCGUGGUUUCUUUUGCUGAACGUGAAUCACACACACUUGCGGCUCUUCGCACAAGCGGAAGGAGUUCCUUCCCUCUCUUUUCAGCUGUAUAUAUUACUACGUCAAACCUGGUAGCUACCGUUACCCAAUUUCCUAACUAGCUUACGUCUUACGUGCUAUCACAAACACGCUGUGAUAAACCACUGCAUGCCGUUCGCUGUGGUCACGAUGCAAUAAACAGUAUAAAGUAUAGGAAGAGAGAUACAAUGUCUGUGUCAUCCUGUCAUUGCGUUGCUUGCCCUACGAAGUCAAGACACCACUUAGCCCGGAGCUAUAAACAGCUGUGCGUUUCCAUAUGGCUUGUUUUUCUGAACGCGUAAUAUCGAGAGAACACCGGGCUUUCUUUCGCCUCGUUGAAGUUUCACGGUUCACCUACUGGGAGAACGUAUAAACGAAGAGAAACACCUCUGCAGGAGUGGAGAAAUGAUUAGGCCGGAAUACUCGGGAGAACGCGUACGCGACGAGGAGAACUGGGGAAACGAGCUAGGGCACGGACGAAGGAGCGGGGAGAAAAGAAGUGGUGACAGAGAAGAAAAAAAAAGAGAGAGACAUCAACGAGGUGGCAGAGAGGUGUACGGCAAACCGACAUAAAGUCGCGUUACGAACAACACGACCGAGAGAGCGAGAGAGAUGGAAGAACACAAAGGGCCACAGGAACAGGAGAAGCAAAGCACGCAAAUGAAAACGAGCAUAAGAAAACAAACAUAAGAAGACGUCAGGGAGCUCGGCGGUCAGCCAUACGCGAGCUUGUAGAAAGAUUCGAGAAAGGAGAUCGCCGCGACGACGUGAAGAAACCAGUGACUGAAGAGAUAUCUGUAUGUAUGAAAGAUUACUUAACGGUAUACUGUGUAGUUGUGAAAGAACUGUCGGUCCAAGUCCGUGGAGCGAAAACGUGCACCGCAGAGCGGAGGAUCUGUGGCCGGCGUGAUAUCUAUAAGCCAGGACAGGCCGAGUAUAUACUCCCGCUACAGUGAAAGGCACAAGGAUUGGUAGAAGUAUUUAAAAAAAAAAAAACUCGGAGCCCUUCCACUCUAUGAAGAAGGAUGACCAGCGAAGUUGUUUAUCUGGACCCAUUAAUGACGGACUGCACCUCCACCGUGGCUCGGCCGGGCAUUGCACUAUCUUCGGGAUAUUUUUCUACACGGCAGCCAUGGCCAGUGGAGUCCUGGAAUGAGGACACCAUCCACUCGACCUCAAAAGCAACGACCUCGAUGGUCCAAAUAAAUGUUCUCUCUCUCUCUCUCUCUCUCUCUCUCUCUCUCUCUCUCUACACGCGGACACGAUAGUGGGGAAAGCAGCCCUUAACAGCUUCGCUGUAAAAACAUAUAUGUAGGCGUCCACUCAAAUGAGACUCUCGGGUG